AUGCGCCCACCCCGUGCGAAGCCAGCACAUACGCCGGCUCCGCCCCCUGACCCGUUCUUGACGUGGAUGCAACGCAUUGCCGCGUCUGUACAUCACGAAUCUGCGCCGAUUAGCGGCGCCCGAGGCACCGACAUGAUCUCGCACGUCGAUGUCACCGAUACCAGCACGGUCGCGUUGAUUAUCGUCGAUACCCAGACACAAUCUCUCAGCGACUCUGGCGGGGCUAGUGCACGGAAGGGCCUCUCGAUCGCAGGCAUACGUCACGUCCGAACCGCGCUGCGCGAGCCAAGCAAGCCAGGCCUGGGAGGCCCAAUUACGACCCUCCAUGACUGCAUCGGCUUCCCUGCCAACGGUCAGCGCCCCGAGGACGUUCUCUGGACGUGCGUUUCCGGCCUCCGAAGCUCGCAGAGCCUCCUCUCGACCAAGUCGGGCUCGGGCUCGGAGUGGGCAGCCACGCACGGCGAACGCCAGGCGCCGGCCCCGCGAUCGCUCGCGGUGCGUGACCGCCCUCUGCGCACGUCUAGAAGCCGCCUCGAGGCCUCGCCAUCGACGAAGCCCCGUCCGCGCCUCUUUGUUCGGGGACACAGGAUCCGGCCACGCACGAUGCAAUGCGCCCGAGCCCCGACCGUGACGCCUCAAACGCGCUCGCGCACAAACACACACACGACGGACGCUUCGGCGGGGCUUCCGAUGGGCCAGGGUGCAGCCCGAUCCGUCGAGCCACGCUGCAUGGCCCUGCGUAAGCACCCCGGUUCCCCAAUUGAGCGUGCGUUUGUUCGUGAGGAGCGUGCGCGGUCAUCUGACGAGGUACGUGACGGAUCCACCAAUCCCGACUCGUCCACCGCAUUCAAACGCUUGCCGCCUUCCGCGGCCGCGUGCCAGCCAGAUGAGCCGCGAGAACCCUCCAGUAUCUCGUCUGCAUUGCGUCGCGUCGUCCACGAACACAGCGCAUCCGCCCCGAUCUCCAACCUCAGCAUUUCGGCGGCUGACUCAGCGGAGGCUCGGAGAGAUGGACGCGGAAUCGUCCUGGUGACCAAUGAUCUGUGGCAGAAAGAACGACGCAAUCUCCCAUUCGGAGGUGUGGCAGACUCCAAGAGGGUGAAGUGAGGUUCGAACGAUGAUCGCCGGAUUUCGAGUGUGCUCCGCAUCCGGACUUCGGAAGUCCUCGCAGACAGAUGACCGACACUUAGUCAUGCGAUGGAAUGCACUAAAUGCGUCUGGUUGCGGUAGAAAGUACAAACUCGUAGACCACGAGGGGAAAAACGGAGUCCGUGAGCUCAUGCAUAUGCAGAGGAAAGAGUGGACACAUGGAGAUAUAUAGCCAUUGAACGCCAUGGCUAGGAUCAAGACGGGGGCGAUGACAAGAUGCUAGAUGAAGGAUGGUGGCUGAUGCGUUAUGAUGAUGGCAGGAGUGGAGGUGAUGCGAGAGAUCUUCACGAUACGCCUAUCAUAUUUUCGAUGGCCGAUUGUAUAGCAAGUGCGAGCAAGUGACAAAACAAGCAGGGGAAAAAAGACGAGGGCCCAAUGGCGGGCGGAGGAAACGAGCGUUCAUGCAUGGCCCUAAUAUCCGUACCCUCGACCGUUAACGCCCUUCACCGUCCCAGGUGGUAGGCUGACAUUGACGCUAACGGGUUGCGGAGGAGGAAUCCCUACGCCGACAGGCGCGAGCAUCCCGUUG